AUGGCCGAGUCAUACAUGAAGAAACUGUGUUCCAUCUUGAUGGAUGCGGUUACCGACAAGGAUCCGCAGGUGCAAGAGCAGAUCUGCAGUGCCCUGUGCACCCUGGGUGAGGCCCAGCCAGAGGAGACCCUCAGCGCCUGUCAGGAGUACCUCCGACAGCACGAGAAGCUGGCCCACCCGUACCGCGCCAUGAUCCUGAAGGCCAUGGAGGCAGUUGUGCGUAGUCACAUCAGUGAGCUUGACAAAGACACGGCCAGAGCUGUCAUUCUGCUGGCCUCCAAUGAGAUGACCAAGGCCAAGGACGUGGUCCCUGACUGGCAGCAGGCUGCGAGCCGCGUCCUGGUGGCUGUGGGCACGCGCUUCAUCAACACUGUGAUGGAGGAGCUGCUGAGCCGCUUCCAGCCCGGCCUGCUGCCGCAUCACUUCGUUGUGCAGACACUUGCCAGCCUCGCAGCAGCCAACGUGUUCGGCAUGGUGCCAUUCCUGACCUCCAUCCUGAACACCAUGUUGCCCAUGCUGCUGAUGGCCAAGCAGGACGCGAUGCGGGUGGUGUUCUGUUCUGCCCUGCGACACUUCAGCGAGAGCACCCUGGAGUACUUGGCCAACCUGGACCAGGCCCCAGACCCCACGGUCAGGAAGGACACCUUCUCCUCCGACAUCUUCAGUGCCUAUGACGUGCUCUUCAACCACUGGCUGCCGAGUCGGGAGGCCAAGCUCCGACUGGCUGUGGUAGAGGCACUGGGCCCCAUGAGUCACCUGCUGCCCAACGAGAGGCUGGAGGAACAGCUCCCCAGGCUCGUCCCAGGGGUGCUCGCCCUCUACAAGAAGCACGCUGAGACCUUCCCCGUAUCCAAGAGUCUGGGCCAGAUUUUGGAGGCGGCUGUGAAUGUGGGCAGCCGAACGCUGGAGGUUCAGCUGGACGCACUCCUGACUGCUCUGCAUGCCCAGAUCUGCGUGCCAGUGGACUCAUCUAGCCCCAUGGUGAUCAGCAACCAGAAGGAAGUGCUGCGCUGCUUCACUGUGAUGGCCUGCUUUGCCCCUGACCGCCUGCUGGCCUUCCUCCUGCCCAAAGUGGAAACCAGCAACGAGCGGAUCCGCGUGGGCUCCCUGCAGGUCCUGAGACACGUCAUCAACUCAGCCGCUGCUCAGAUGGAAGUCCGGAAGCUUUUCAUCCUGUCCUCCAUGCGACUCCCCCUUCUGGACACCAACAACAAGGUGAAGCGGGCAGUGGUGCAGGUGGUCAGCGCCAUGGCCCACCACGGCUACCUGCAGCAGCCCGGAGGCCUGGCCAUGGUGGAGUACAUUGUGCAGCAGUGCGCACUGCCCCCGGAGCCGCAGCCCGAGAGGCAAGGCCUGGGAGGCGAGGACCUGACUGCAGACAGCGUGCGCGCCAUCAGCGUCAGUACCCUCUACCUCAUCAGCACCACUGUGGACAGGAUGAGUGACGUACUCUGGCCAUACCUGCUCGAGUUUCUCACACCUGUACGCUUCACCGGGGCGCUAACCCCGCUGUGCCGGAGCCUGGCACACCUGGCCCUGAAGAGACAGGAAGCUGGGGCCGACGCCUUCUUCAUCCAGUACGAAGCCAGCGGGAAUCUUCCGUCACCCUACGCCCUAACCACCAGGCUGCUGGUGGUGUCCUCUGACCCCUACGUGGGGGACAGCCGAGGGGCGGCCUCACUGCGACUACUGCAUGUCCUCCAUCAUCAUGUCCACCCUCUGCUGGGCUCCAGGUGGGAAACCACCGUGCCCCCACUGUUGCAGCACCUAGAUGAACACACGGAGAAGACCCUGUCACGGCCGGAAUGGGAGGAAAAGCUCUUGAUGUUCCUGCGGGACACUUUGGCUGUCGUGUCUGACAACACAUGGGUCUGCCAGCUGAGCCUGGAGAUGUGCAGACAGCUGCCCUGUCAUGACGGAGCCCCCGGGGAGAAGAACUUCCUGUACAAAUGUAUAGGGACCACCCUGGGCGCCGUGACCAGUCAGGAGGUGGUGAGGAAACGCCUUCAGGAGCUGUUGGAGACGGCCAGAUACCAGGAGGAGGCAGAGCGUGAGGGCCUGGCCUGCUGCUUCGGCAUCUGUGCCAUCUCUCACCUGGAUGAUACCCUGGCUCAACUGGAGGACUUUGUACGCUCUGACGUGUUCAGGAAGUCCAUCGGCAUCUUAAGCAUUUUCAAGGACCGGAGCGAGAGCGAGGUGGAGAAGAUGAAGAGCGCCCUGAUCCUGUGCUAUGGGCAGGUGGCUGUACAGGCUCCUCGUGAGCUGGUGCUGGCCCGGGUGGAGGCCGACAUCCUCCGCAACAUGUUCCAGUACUUUAACACCAAGGUUCUAGGGAUAAAGGUAGAAACCAAGGACCCGGCCCUGAAGCUGUGUCUCGUCCGGAGUAUCUGCAUGGUCAGCCAGGCCAUCUGUGGCAGCACACAGGCUAGUGUCUUCCACUUGUCACGGAAGAAAGAGCUGGUGGCGCACAUGUUGGACUUCAUCCGGGCAGAACCCCCAGAUGUGAUGAGGACACCCCUGCGGAAGAAGACCAUGAUGGCCUGCACGCUCCUCGUUUCCCUGGAACCACCAUUGGAAGAGCAGGUUCGGGCAGACCUGGCCCACAGCUGCCUGCUCAGUGUCAUGGCCCUGUUGCCAGAGCCCAGUGGGGACGAUGCCAGUGACCGAGAGGUGUGUACCCUAACCGUCCCCUUCCUUGCCCUGUACUUGGACACGGUCCAUGCUCUAGAGGACCUGCUGACAAGUCUCCUUCGUCGGAACAUGACUCCUCAGGGUCUCCAGGUCAUGGUGGAGCACCUGAGCCCAUGGAUCAAGUCUCCCCGUGGCCACGAGCGGGAACGAGCGAUGGAGGUCAGCGCCUGCCUACUCCGCUACUUCCUGGAGCAUCUGCACGUCAGUGCGUUGGUACCCUUCCACAACCUGGGUCUCCUCGUUGGUCUCUUCUCCCCGCGCUGUGCUGACAUGCGGCCCGUGACCCGCCACGAGGCCGUCGGCUGCGUCUACUCACUGCUCUACCUCCAGCUGGGCUAUGAGGGCUUUGCCCGGGACUACCGGGACGAAGUGGUGGAACGGCUGGUGGCCCUCCAGGAUGGCCUGGUGAACCCAGACUUCACUGUGCUUUUCCACACAUGCCACAGCAUAGCCCAGAUCAUUGGGAAGCGUCUCCCACCAGAUCAGCUCAUCAGCCUCCUGCUCACCUUGUUUGAGGGUCUAGGGGACCCUGAUAAGAACUGCUCCCGUGCUGCUACAGUCCUGAUCAACUCUCUGCUGAAGGAACGCGGAGCAGCUCUGCUGGAGAAGGUGCCCGAGAUCGUGAGCGUGCUGCGUUCUAAGCUGCAGGAGACUCAGGAAGAGCAUGUCCUGAAGGCUGCCCAGCACAGCGUGUGCCUGCUGGCCUCUCAGCACCGGGCCGCCGUCGUGUCCAGCCUUCUGGGCAGCCCCUUGCCCUUUGACAGUCACACCUGUGCCCUGUGGCGAGCCCUGGCUGUGGAGCCCAGCCUCGGUGCCCCGGUGUUGGAGCUGCUCCUGGAGAAGAUGGGCAGGGACGUCCCAUUCAAGGAGAGCCGCACCUUCCUGCUGAGCAGCGCCCCCGAACGGGUGGCCACCCCACUACCCCUGGCGGCCACGUGUGCCCUCUAUGAAGUCCUGUCUGCUCCCACCUGUGGGAGCGCCGUGUUGGAACUCUACCCUGAGCUGUUUGUGGCCCUCCUGCUUCGAGUCAGCUGCACCGUGGGUGUCCUUUUGCCCCGGAACCUGCAGGCAAAGGAGAGGAGGAACUCUGGCACCCCCGUUGCCACCAGGAGUCUGGACCCCUGCGGCUCUGCUGUGGACACACUGCAGGCCAUGCUGCUGAGAGGGGGCAGUGAGGACGUGGUGCGGCACCUGGAGCUGGAAGGUGGCUGGGAGCUGCUGAGGAGCUCUGAGGGCCACGAGGAGGGCGUCACCCGGCUAGCCAGAGCCAUGGCGAAGCACGCAGGGCCUCGACUCCCACUGGUGAUGAGGGCCCUGGUCUCCACGCAGAGCAGCGUGUACAAGAUCCAGAGGGUCACCUCCACGGCCUUCCUGGCAGAGCUGCUCAGCAACAAUGUGGUCAACGACCUGAUGCUUCUGGAGUCGCUGCUCGACAACUUGGCAGCCCGGCAAAAGGACACGUGCACUAGCGUGCGGCGGCUAGUGCUCCGAGGGCUGGCCAACCUGGCCUCGGGUUCCCCCGACAAGGUGCGGGCCCAUGGCCCCCAGCUCCUGACAGCCCUGAUUGGCGGGCUGGAUGACACAGACGAGCUACACAGCGUGGUGGCCUUGGAGGCCAUGGUGGGCCUGGCCAGGCUGCUGGGUCUGAUGGAACCGUGGGACCUACGCUCAGUGUUGCUGCACAUCGCCAUCCGCAUCCGGCCUUUCUUCGACAGUGAGAAGAUGGAGUUCCGACAGGCGUCCAUCUGCCUUUUUGGACACCUCCACAAGGUCUGCCACGGGGACUGUGAGGACGUGUUCCUGGAGCAGACUGUCAGUGCACUGGCGCCCCUGCUGCUGCACCUGCAGGACCCCCAGGCCCCCGUGGUCAGCGCCUGCAGGUUUGCUCUGCGCAUGUGUGGUCCCAACCUGGCAUGUGAGGAGCUGACGGCAGCCUUCCAGAAGCACCUUCAGGAGGGCCGCGGCCUGCACUUUGGCGAGUUCCUCAACACCACCUGCAAACACCUGAUGCAUCACUUCCCUGACCUGUUGGGCCGCCUGCUGAGCACUAACCUAUUUUACUACAAGAGCAGCUGGGAGGAUGUGCGGGCCGCAGCCCCCAUGUUUACAGGCUUCCUCAUGCUCCACGCAGACCCUGAGUUCCGGCAUCAGGUGGACCUGGAGCAGCUUGUGGCUGCACUGCAACUCCUGCUGAAGGACCCAGCGCCCAGCGUGCGCAUGAAGGCCGCCGAGUCCCUGGGCCGCCUGGUGAAGUUUGCCUGA